CGGGCUGGCGGGCGGGCUGGCAGUGGGGGGACUUGUUGUUCUUCGAGAAGUCGGAGCCGGAGCGCGCGGCGGCGCCUGCGGCGGCGGCGGCCGGGAGGGAGCGCAAGAGUGAACGCGAGGAGAGCGCGUGCUCGUGAGGAGCCGCCGCGCCCCCCGCGCUACGCCAGUCACGAUUUCCAAGCGGUUCUGUCCAGGUGACUGUGCCCAGGUUAUGACGACUACUCCCAAACCUAACAAGGCAUUAAAGGUCAAGAAGGAGGCGGGCGAGAACGCCCCAGUGCUCAGCGAUGAUGAGCUGGUGUCCAUGUCCGUGCGGGAGCUGAACCAGCACCUGCGGGGCCUCACCAAAGACGAGGUGGUGCGCCUGAAGCAGCGCCGGCGCACACUUAAGAACCGUGGCUAUGCUGCCAGCUGCCGCAUCAAGCGGGUCACACAGAAGGAGGAGCUGGAGCGGCAGCGGGUGGAGCUGCAGCAGGAGGUGGAGAAGCUGGCUCGUGAAAACAGCACCAUGAAGCUGGAGCUCGAUGCACUGCGCUCCAAGUAUGAGGCCCUUCAGACCUUCGCCCGCACUGUGGCCCGCGGGCCCAUCACGCCUACCAAGGUGGCCACCACCAGUGUCAUUACCAUUGUGAAGUCCACUGAGCUCUCCACCUCUGUGCCCUUCUCGGCCGCAUCCUAGUGCCUGGCCGAUGGGGGUGAGGGGGUGGGCGCUGGUGGUGGACAUGUCCCUCAUGCUUGUUGGAGGGUCCCAUGGGAGCAGACUCCCAGCUCUCCCUUUUGGGGCGAGGCUAUAGGUACAGGAUGAAGAUUAGGGUCUUGGGAACCUGUGUGCUGCACACCUUCCCACAUGCACGCACACGCACACGCACCCCGCCUUCUCUGGGCUCAGCCAGGGCUCUCCAGAUUGUUCUCAGGGGUCAAUGUCUUAUGCCGGGAAGGGGGGAUGUCAGGAUGUGUGGGAGCAAGGUCCUCAAAAGGGUCCUGUCCCCUGGCACUGUGACCUAUCCGCGGGAAUCUGUCUUCCACCCCUCCUGUGAGCAGCCUACUUUUGCAGGUAGCUGUGCCCCCACUGCCCACAGGCCGGUGCCUGACCCCUUCUAGCCCUGACUGAGCUUGGCUGUCCCAGGAGGAACCACUUGUCCCCAGUGUCAGCAUGCACCAUGACCCUGCUUUAGCCUUAGCCAGAGACCUGUGCCCCUGAAGUGGGUGUUAGAAGGGCUGCUUGGGUGUGUGUGUGUGUGUUCAUAUGUGCAUGCACAUGUGUGUGCAUGUACAUACACGCUCACCAUGCUCACACAUGUGCCUGUAGUCAGACCAGUACCCCAGUGUCACUUGGUGGGAGCUCAGGCAUGAGUGUUGAGAAUUUUCCUGUGAUGUUGGGGUGACCUGAAGGAGGUUCCCAGUGAGGAGUAGCUGCCAGGCCUAGGAGCCAGCCUGCCCUGAUGCUGCCCCUAGGAGACCCUGGGGGCUUGGAGGUGGGAAAGGGAAGAUGUUGUGUGUGGAUGGCAUGACGUUGGUGAUGGUCUCAGGAGUGGCCGUGGAGCAGAGGGACCUCUGGCUGCUGCUGGAGGAAGCAAGUGAGCAGGGAGACAGGUGGGGAUCAGAGGAUGAGGUGAGGUGGGGUCAGAGAUGGGCACUGGGCCGGGAGGACAGCAUGGGCUGCUCCCAGGAGCAUCUGGAUUGUCUGUCAGUUUAGAAGGGACAAGGGGACUCUGCAACUUUGGUGCUUAAUUGCCUGGAACCUUCACCUGCUCUUUCUUUCUGGAGCUCUGAGCCAUUGAUGAUCUUGGUGACCUUUGCUGGGGUACCCCUUCCUGUCCUUCCCAUGAAGAUGCUGAGACACUGGGUCCUGGGGCUCUGGUCUGGGUGAACUGAAAACCCUUCCACAGGCUGGAAACUGCAGGGUUCCAGCUCCUGGUUUCCACUUGACCUGAUCCCCCGACCCAGAAAGAUCCCCAGCAAGCUGCAGAGCCUUGGGCAGGUGUCAGCCAUGCCAGGAGAGCAGGAUUGAGAACAACCGGCCCCAAGGGCUGUGUCUUGCUUCUGUGUCUACUGUCAGCAGCCAAUAGAAAGCCUUGUGACCUUGUUCCUGUUCUGGGUGAAGGCAAAAGGGUUUGGGAGCACCCAAACGACCUGGUGUUUAAAAAAAAAAAAAAAAGCUGUUGAUACCAUAGCCAUGGUAGGUAAUCCACAUUGGAUGUCAAUAAGGGCCAUGGGGAAAUAUUUAAGAGAGAGAGAGAAGUAUAUAUAUAUAUAUAGUAUAUAUAUAUAAAAUUAUAUACACAUUUUAUCGUACAGAUUUUUCGUAACUUCUUUUCCUGUUUGAUACUGUAAAUCUUAGUGCAGAGCUGCACUUGAGUGUGGGUAGGAUUCGGGUGAAGCGCCCUUUCCUGGCUUUUACACGCCAGCCAGCUCUUGGCUCUGAGGAGGAAGACUGGGCGGUCCACCUCCUCCCUUCGUCUUCCUGCCUUGCCUUUCCCAGUGGGGUCCCAGGGCCACCUUCCCGACACCAACCUGGGGUCCUACUGGGCUGCUACACCCCUGGGAAAAGCCCUGUCCACUUUAGGGUUCUUGGAGCUCCUUGUCCUUUGAGACAGAGUGCUGGCUGCUGCCCUCAGCCUCUGGGCCAGAGGGCGCUACUGUGGCCACCUGGCGAGGACGCAGCCCCUGCCUGUCCCCGUCCCGGGGGCCAGGGACGACGAUGAGCACGUUCCCUUGUGCUUUUCCUUCCAGAUCAUUGAGCUUUCAUUGUCACAGUUUUAAUAUAUGGAUUUUUUUUAAUUUAAUAAAAAGGGCAAGGUCCUCUUUAUCAAGUGGAGGCUCAUUUCCCUGUCUCCUGUGCUUCUGGCUCCUGUCCUUCCAAGCGAAGGAGCGCCUUUGCCUUUUCCAGGUGACAGGGCCUCCUUGUAAGGUCAGCACCGCCUUCCUCGCCUCCGUGGCCGCUCAGCAGUUUCAUUUCAAUAUUUAUUUUUGUGCUGCUUCUAUCAUGUUAUAAAUUAUUGAAAAGAUCCUGUGUUGUGAUCCUUGUUCCUGUGACAUGUGCCCAUGCCCGCCCUGUCCCCUCAUGGCCACCACCUAAUUUAUUGCCCUAUGUCUCUGCUGUGACGCUUUUGUACCUUUCAAUAAAGUUUUCCGGUUUCAGAUCUGUCUCGUGUGCUGGGACUUUGGACCAAGUGCCCCAGGGGCGGCAGCCCUCCGCCCCGCCCUCUACCUCCAGGCCCCGAUUGCUGUUGCUCUCUCCCAGAGGGCAGGCCUGGCAUCAGGCACUCUUGGGAAAGGAUCGCCCAGCCUGCAAACCUGGAUGUUUUGAGGUCCUAGGCAGGACAGCCACCAGGGGUCAGGGUGUGUGUCAGGAAGUGCUGCCUCUGCCCAUAGCUCCUGGGCACACACUGGACAGUGGGCAGAGUUCCCCUCCACCCUGACCAGAUGCUCCUGUCAGAGUGGCUCUCUCCUCUGCACAAUGUGCACCCAGUUGCAGGCCAGACCUCCCCUGGUUUUGUCAGGGAUGGCGGGGCUCUCAGGUGAGUUUGCAGGGGGUUGAGAGAGAAGACUGUUAGGGCAGAGAGCAAAGCAUCCUGUAUGGUGACCUGAAGUAAGCCCAAAAGUCAGAGCUAAGGGGCCGGUCUCUACUCGGCCCCCGCAGGGGAGCCUGGUGUUGGAGAGCUCUGCUUUUUCAUCAGAAAUUAUGCGCGCGCUCCACCCCCUCUUCCUCAUGAGCAUCCGUGCCUGGCCCUUGGAAAAACUCGG